AUGCUGGCCGACCGCGAGUAUCCUGUGCAACUGCAGUAUCGCAUGUGAUUAAAUUCCAGUACUGCAACAUGAUAUGUCUCGUUUCUACCAGUGCCAUAGCCGAACCGGCACUUCAAAAUUUCGUUUUGCUACAAUUUCCUUCAUAUGAAAUCCAAUGUCGUUGGAAUUUGUACUACCACAUUGAUGCACAUGCAGCUUGCGCAGUGCAUAACAAUGGUGCGGAAGGGGACGAGACGCAGGGGGAGGUCGAGGACAAGGACACGGCGCAAACACUUCACCUACUCUCGUAUCUGCUUCCUCUCUAUCAAAUGUAGACAUGUCUGGGCCUGGAAGAGUCCGCGUGUUUGUCAUGCACCUUCUACAGCUGCAGAUAGCUUUGCUGCGUGCUGCAUUCGAGACACUUAUUAUAGGUGUCUGGAAUGCUCGCAAAGCAUAUACAGUUUUAUUUGCGAAGCUUUCUUAUUCUUGUUUGAUGCCCCUUAUUGUGCAUUGGAAAUUCGCUAUCUGUGCAACAACGGUUGGGCAGCUUUCGGCACUCACACAACACAGAUUUUUUUUUAAGUCUUUAUCCGCUCGAGAAUUUUAGCAUUACAAGUUGGAACUCUUCCAGACCCAGAUCUAUAGUAUCUAUUUGCAAUUCAUACUUUCUGCCGGCUUGCAAAAACCAGUAAGAAGUCGUACUUCGACGUAGAAGUUGUGCGCGGCGGUUCCGGAAAAAUAGAAAUGGCCACACAGUGCAGCGUCGCUCUCAAGUGGCUGAAGAACCUAGGUGCCCAGCUCAGCGAGCGAUGCGGGGUAGCGGAGGACGGAGAGAGCGGCCUUUGGGAUUUCCCGCCGGACGAGAUCGGAAAGGCCGUCAUGGAGCCACUCGGCGCGGCGAUUGGCCCCGGGUCCGGCAGGGAUUUCACGUUCUACGCCGACGCGAAGGCCCUCGGGUUCCCUUUGGUGCAGUUCCACAUCCUGCCGGGAUACACGCUGCUCCGGACAUGCAGCAUGGCUUACGUAGCUGCGCCAAUGGUCUCAAUUGGAACGACAGCGGAAAUGCUACGGCGGGGGCCCUGGUUUGUUGCCUCCCUUCCCGCUUUCGGCAGUUGAAAGCAAAGGAAAUUACCAAAGGGCGCCGCGGGUUUUCUGCGUUGGCCAAGGGGAUGGAAUUUUUGCAAACAAAAGCGGCGGAACGGUAAGAAACCGCCCGGGAGACCGACAGCGGAAGUGCUACGGUGGGGGCCCUGGUUUGUUGCCUCCCUUCCCGUCUUCGGCAGUUGAAAGCGAAGGAAAUCGAGCAAGGGCGUCGCGGGUUUUCCGAUUUGGCCAAGGGGAUGGAAUUUUUGCAAACAAAAGUGGCGGAGCGGUAAGAAGCCGCCCGGGAGGCCGAGAGCGGAAAUGCUACGGCGGGGGCCCUCGUUUGUUGCCCCCCUUCCCGCCUUCGGCUGUUGAAAGCAUACAAAGGAAAUUGCCAAAGGGCGGCGCGGGUUUUCUGAUUUGGCCCAGGCGGUGAAAUUUUUGCAAACAAAAGCGGCGGAACGGUAAGAAACCGCCCGGGAGACCGGAGGCGGAAAUGCUACGGCGGGGGCCCUGGUUUGUUGCCCCCCUUCCCGUCUCCGGCAGUUGAAAGCAAAGGAAAUCGCCAAAGGGCCGCGCGGGUUUUCCGAUUUGGCAAAGGGGAUGGAAUUUUUGCAAACAAAAGUGGCGGAGCGGUAAGAAACCGCCCGGGGGACCGAAAGCGGAAACGCUACGGCGGGGGCCCUGGUUUGUUGCCCCCCUUCCCGUCUUCGGCAGUGGAAAGCAAAGGAAAUUGCCAAAGGGCCGCGCGGGUUUUCCGAUUUGGCCAAGGGGAUGAAAUUUUUGCAAACAAAAUUGGCGGAACGGUAAGAAGCCGCCCAGGAGACCAAGAGCGGAAAUGCUACGGCGGGGGCCCUGGUUUGUUGCCUCCCUUCCCGCCUUCGGCAGCCAGUUGCUUGGACGGAAAGGAAAUUACCAAAGGGCGCCGCGGGUUUUCUGAUUUGGCCCAGGGGAUGAAAUUUUUGCAAACAAAAGUGGCGGAACGGUAAGAAACCGCCCGGGAGACCGAGCGCGGAAAUGCUACGACGGGGGCCCUGGUUUGUUGCCCCCCUUCCCGUCUUCGGCAGUUGAAAGCAAAGGAAACUGCCAAAGGGCCUCGCGGGUUUUCCGAUUUGGCCAAGGGGAUGGAAUUUUUGCAAACAAAAGCGGCGGAGCGGUAAGAAACCGCCCGGGAGACCGAAAGCGGAAACGCUACGGCGGGCGGGGGCCCUGGUUUGUUGCCCCCCCUUCCCGUCUUCGGCAGUUGAAAGCAAAGGAAACCGCCGAAGGGCCUCGCGGGUUUUCCGAUUUGGCCAAGGGGAUGAAAUUUUUGCAAACAAAAGUGGCGGAGCGGUAAGAAACCGCCCGGGAGACCGAGGGCGGAAAGGCUACGGCGGGGGCCCUGGUUUGUUGCCUCCCUUCCCGCCUUCGUUCGGCAGUUGAAAGCAAAGGAAAUUGCCAAAGGGCGUUGCGGGUUUUCUGAUUUGGCCCAGAAGAUGAAACUUUUGCAAACAAAAGUGGCGGAACGGUAACAAACCGCCCGGGAGACCGAAAGCGGAAACGCUAUGGCGAAGGCCCUGGCUUGUUGCCUGCCUUCCCGACCGUCUUCGGCAGUUGAAAGCAAAGGAAAUCGCCAAAGGGCGGCGCAGGUUUUCUGAUUUGGCCAAGGGGAUGGAAUUUUUGCAAACAAAAGAGGCGGAGCGGUAAGGAACCGCCCGGGAGACCGACGGCGGAAAUGCUACGGCGGGGGCCCUGGUUUGUUGCCUCCCGUCCCGCCUUCGAUCGGCAGUUGAAAGCAAGCAAAGGAAAUUGCCAAAGGGCGUCGCGGGUUUUCUGAUUUGGCCAAGGGGAUGGAAAUUUUGUAAACAAAAGGGGCGGAACGGUAAGAAACCGCCCGGGAGCCCGAAAGCGGAAACGCUACGCCGGGGGCCCUGGUUUGUCGCCUCCCUUCCCGCCCGGCAAAGGAGAUUGCCAAAGGUUAGCGCGUGUUCUCUGAUUUGGCCAAGGGGAUGAAAUUUUUGCAGACAAAAGUGGCGGAACGGUAAGAAACCUACCGCCCGGGAGACCGAAAGCGGAAACGCUACGGCGGGGGCCCUGGUUUCUUUGUUGCCUCCCUCCCCGCCUUCGGCAGUUGCAAGCAAGCUAAGGAAAAUGCCAAGGGGUGUCUUGGGUUUUCUUAUUUGGCCCAGGGGAUGGAAUUUUCGCAAACAAAAUUGGCGGAACGGUAAGAAACCGCCCGGGAGACCGAAAGCGGAAAUGCUACGACGGUCCCCCCUGCCGCAAGGGGGGGGGCUGCGAAGUGCGCACGCGCGCGCAGUUGCAAAAGCGGCAAGGCAGCGGCCGGCCCUCUCCCAUGCCAGGCAAGGCAGUGCCGCUGGCGGUUCCGUUGCGUUUUCUUUUUCCUUCGGCGAUGUUACGCGGCACAAGUUUGCGCAUACCAUGUCGCGCGCGGUCUUUAAUCAGAGCGAGGCCGACUCUUUUCCAACGGUGUUCAUACAUUGGCGAGGCGUUUAUUGGUCUCCCGCCUGAAAUCAAAGCCGAUCCAAUUGAGAUCAUUGGGCCAGUUGCGCAAGCCAUAGGGGCCUCAUGCGGCUUCAUAGCGGCGCGGCAGCGGAAGUCAGCAAAAAGCUCGGGCUUUGCUGAGAAAGGUCUGCAGGGCUAUCGGGUUUGUAGCAUUUGCUUCAGGGUUAUCCGAGGGAGAGGCACCACCUCAGUCACACUUGAGCACUUUUGCAGCACGAUAGUAGGGGGCGCGCACGCGUAGAACAUUCAAGAUUCAUGCGUGGCAGCUUUGCUGCCCCUUCCUGUUUCGAG